AUGGACAUGACAGAAAUAACCAGGAGCGCACUUUUAGUAGGUGAAUACUUCUGCAGCUGGCAUAAAGACUUCUUCUGGAACAGACUGUACCAGGCUGCUUGUGACUGGACUGGAAACAGGGAUGCCAGACGAGAUGGAACAAAGACAGAUAAUGAAAUAGUUUCCAGUUUACCUCUGCAGAUGUCCCUCUAUUUCAAUGUCUAUUUUUUCCCAUUUUGGUGGCUCAGCACAGUUAUCAUGCUCCAUCUGAAGUAUCCAGUCUUGUCAGAUUACUACAAGUUCAUCCUGGUCACAGUCAUGAUCCUGGCCUCUCUAAUAGAGGUCAUUCGACUCUACCUGGGAUACAUGGGCAAUCUGCAGGAGAAGGUGCCUGAGCUAGCUGGGUUUUGGCUCCUGAGUCUCCUUCUGCAGUUGCCAACAAUUCUCUUCCUGCUGUUUAAUGAAGGCCUGAAAAUUCAGCCACUGGAGCGAGCAGUCCAUAUCAUCUUUGCCCUUUUCCUCACCUUCCAAGUCAUUGCAGCCUUUGUCACCCUGAAAAGAAUGGUGAACAAACUGGCAACUCACUUCCACCUUAAUGAAUUUGACCAGCUGGAGGAACAUCCUGUGCCAAAUUUUUACAGCCUGGGUAAAGAAGAGAGAGCAGUUUCCAUGGCUGGUAGGGGCUCCCAUGCUGGCUGGAGAUCACACAUGGAGGGCCUGAGAAGCUAACAGAGGUGGGCCUCAUGUUGCUACAGCUUUGUUUCCAUUUUGUUGGGUCAUUCUUUCCCUUCCUACAUCAGAGAUGUUAAAAAAUAGAUCUUUCUUAAGAGCCAACAUUAAACCUCAGAGAUUGGAGCUCCACUCUGCAAGAAAAAUCAAAUUCAAUUACAUAACUGGCUUGAGUGGACGAUUUGCGGACCAUUACUGCAUAGCGUACCAACAGAGCAGAUUUGGUGGUUUUUUACACUUUAUAAAAUCAUGGUAUUUAAAAAAAACCCCACAAACAAAACAGAAGCCAUUUGUCUUCACUAUUUGCACAGAAUUGAUUUGUUUACAAUAAA